AUGUAAAAUUAAGAAAAAUAGUUAGUAAUUUAAAAAUUAAAAAAAUAAAGAUUUUAUUUAUAUUUGUUUUUUAUAAAAUAAGCAUCUACCGCCUUUAAACCAUAACUAUUCUUAAGUAUAAUAUAAUCAAUAAAUAUAUAUAUAAUAAAAAAUUAAAAAAAGUAUAAUACAUAAACACUUAUUUAAGAAACAGUACCAGAUAAUGAAGAAAAUAAUAUUAAUCAAGGCAAUUAUAGUUAUAUUCCUUUUAAAUUUCCCGAAGGAAAUGAUCAAAUAUAUCAAUUUUAUUAAAAUGAAAAACAUAAAAAGUAAGAAAAAAGCAAAUUAAAUCGAGAAGCAAAAAUUUGGGAUAAAAAAACAAGUUCAACAAACAUAGAUUUAAAGCAUUUUAAAAACUUUUAUCCAGUUAAUAAUACAAGAAUUAAUUUGAAAUAAAAUUUUAAAGAAAAUUAAAAAAAAAUGAUUCAAACAGCGCUUUAAAUAACAGAAGAAAGACAAAAAAGAUAAAAAUUUGGAAGAAAAACAGAAAAUUUAAAUGAUAUUUUAAAAUAGAAAAAAGAAAUAUUUUUAAUUACUAUGUCUCAUGAUAUUUUAGAAAAUGAAAUUGAAUAAUUAAAAAAAUAAUAAUAAGAAAGAGUUGAUUCAUUAAUUUAAAGCGAAUUAAAUCUUAAAUAAGACUAUGAUAAAUUUUAAAAAUAUUUAGAUAUUAAUAAAUAUUAAAAAAAUUAAGCAGAAUUAAAUGCUGAUUAAUAAAAUAAAAUCAAAAAAGAUAAAGAUGCCAUUAUAAAAGAAUUAAAUUUAAAAAUUACUUCUAUGAAAACUGAAAAGUCAAGAUAUGAAGAACUUUUGUAAAAUUAUAAAGAACAUAAAGAAUUUUUAGAUAAAAUAUCACCAAAAGUAACUUUUUUUAUUCUUUUGUAUAAUAAUAAAAAAAAGGAAUGGGAAGAUUAAAAAUAAGAAAAAAAAAAAUAAUAUAUAUAGAUAUUAAAAAAUAAUUGGAUUUAAACAAAUAUGGAAUAAUAUUAAAUUUAAUUUUAAUAAUUUGUUUAGAAAAAUGAAUUAGAAGAAUUAGAAGAAUUUGAAUAUAAAUAUCCUAUGUAUUUUUAACAUCAUAGUUAAUUAAUAUAAUGUUUUAACGAUUUGGAAGAAAAGAAUUUGUUUUUAAUUUAAGUUAAAUAAGAAGAAUCUACUAAUUUAGAAGAGUUCAGGAAUAAGUUUAAGAUAGAAAAAUAAAAUUAUAAUUAAUAAUUAAAAUACCUUAAAUAGUAAAAGGAUUCUUUAAAAAAAUAAUUAGAUGAUAUUAACAAUAGUAUUAAAAAGCUUAAAUAAAAUUAUGAAAGUGAAAAUGUUAAAAUUGUUGAUAAAAAUGAAAAUUUACUAAGAAAUCAA